AUGGGAACCAGGUGGGUGGACAUUAGAUCUCUGGGGGUGUGGCCCAGGCAAGCCCAGCUUCCAGAAGCAGUUGGCAGAGGUUACUGGAGAGGGGCUGCAAAACCCCCCAUCUCAGACACCUGUCUGCUUCCCAAGAAAUGGCAGCAGCUGGCCUGCCUGUCUCCACUCCUCUGGGGUGGUACGUUACCACCAGUGCUGCCCCACUGCUCUUCUGAAGAGUCCCAGCCUGGCAUCUUUGUCUUGUGUCCUUGGACUCUUUCCCUGCUGGCCAGUCCCUGUCCCCACCCCCUUGCCACCUGCUCUGGGUUCUCUAUCCUGAAGCAGGGGCUAGAGGUGUCAGAUUGCGUUUCCGGCUGCCUCUUCCCUUCACCACCCACCCCCACCCUGCACCUGUCCCCUCUCCCACCCACAUUCCCCAACCCUGCAGACAAGAGGGGCAGAUGCAAGACGCAGUCGGAGGGAAGGAUGGAGGGGCCUGGGUUGACGUUGGGGCUGCUGGCCGCCCUGGUCGUGUGCGGCAGCUGGGGCCUGAAUGAGGAGGAGCGGCUGAUCCGGCACCUGUUUGAGGAGAAGGGCUACAACAAGGAGAUCCGGCCUGCAGCGCACAGAGAGGACAGCGUGGAGGUCUCGCUGGCCCUCACGCUCUCCAAUCUCAUCUCCCUGAAAGAAGUUGAGGAGACCCUCACCACUAACGUGUGGAUUGAGCAUGUCUGGAUAGACAGCCGGCUGCAGUGGGAUACCGAAGACUUUGGGAACAUCACCGUCCUGCGCCUGCCUCCGGACAUGCUGUGGCUCCCAGAAAUUGUGCUGGAGAACAACAAUGAUGGCUCCUUCCAGAUCUCCUAUGCCUGCAACGUGCUCCUCUCUCCCUCGGGCUCUGUGUACUGGCUGCCGCCUGCCAUCUUCCGCUCCUCUUGUCCCAUCUCCGUCACCUACUUCCCCUUUGACUGGCAGAACUGCUCUCUCAAGUUCAGUUCGCUCAAGUACACAGCCAAGGAGAUCACCCUGAGCUUGAAGCAGGAUGAAGAAGGGGGCCGCCUCUACCCAGUGGAGUGGAUCAUCAUCGACCCCGAGGGCUUCACAGAGAACGGGGAGUGGGAGAUAAUGCAUCGGCCGGCCAGGAUCAACGUGGACCCCAGUGCCCCGCUGGACAGUCGCAACCGCCAGGAUGUCACCUUCUACCUCAUCAUCCGCCGCAAGCCGCUCUUCUACGUCAUCAACAUCCUGGUGCCCUGUGUGCUCAUCUCCUUCAUGAUCAACCUGGUCUUCUACCUGCCAGCCGACAGCGGCGAGAAGACGUCAAUGGCCAUCGCAGUGCUCUUGGCCCAGUCUGUCUUCCUGCUGCUCAUCUCCAAGCGGCUGCCCCCCACAUCCAUGGCCAUCCCCCUCAUUGGCAAGUUCCUGCUCUUCGGCAUGGUGCUGGUGACCGUGGUCGUGGUGGUCUGCGUCAUCGUGCUCAACAUCCACUUUCGCACACCCAGCACCCACGUGCUGUCCGAAGGGGUCAAGAAGCUCUUCCUGGAGACCCUGCCCGAGUUCUUACAUAUGUCUCGCCCAGCGGAGGAUGGGCCAAACCCUGGGGCCCUGGUUAGGAGGAGCAGCUCCCUGGGCUAUAUCUCCAAGGCUGAAGAGUACUUCUCACUCAAGUCCCGAAGUGACCUCAUGUUCGAGAAGCAGUCAGAGCGGCACGGGCUAGCCCAGCGCCUCACCACUGCACGUCGGCCCCCAGCAGGCUCUGAGCAGGCCCAGCAGGACCUCUUCAGCCAACUGAAGCCAGCUGUGGAUGGGGCCAACUUUAUCGUCAACCACAUGAGAGACCAGAAUAAUUACAACGAUGAGAAGGAGUGCUGGAACCAGGUGGCCCGCACAGUGGACCGACUCUGCCUGUUUGUGGUGACGCCCAUCAUGGUGGUGGGCACAGCCUGGAUCUUCCUGCAGGGCGCCUACAACCAGCCUCCACCCCAGCCUUUCCCUGGGGACCCCUUCUCCUACCAGGAGCAAGAUAAGCGUUUCAUCUAGACUGAGCCUGCCCUCCCCGGCCUGGCCCGGCUCCCAGGGCAGCUUCUGGAGGCUUGAGCCCAGGGGGUCUUGCAAGCCUGGGGAGAGACGAACUGGGCUUCACUGAAAGCCUGGGAGAAGCCCACUCGUCCACAGUGGUUCCUCUGCAAAUAAAAGCAGGACCCACCAACUAGGUUGAGAACGGACAUCUCAGGGGGUGGGGCAGGAUGACCCGGGGCAAUGCAGGAGCUCAGGGGCCAGAGAGGAUGCCACUCAGGCUGGCCUUUUGUGGGUCAGGAAGCAAGAGUCCUCUCCUUGCCUGCCCCCGCCCCCAGGUGGGCGUAGAGCAAGUAGGAUCCUGUGCCUUUAUUUCCAGCCCCUCCCACCAAGCCCUUAGCCUCAGCUCAGGCUUCUGAGGUCCCCCCUGGAACCGAGGCUGGGGAUGCUCCUUAAGGAAGGAGGCUCCUUAGGGAAGGAAGAUUUGGGCCAAGGUGGAAGCCACAGGGUUGGAGAAUGGCCUUCCCCAGCCCUUUCUGCUUUGGCCACUCUGUCUGGGUCUGUCAGGGAAACUGAGGUUUGGGGUGGAAGGGUCAGGCUCAGCAUCCACAAAGCCAGGGGUCAGUCUGUCACCCUCAGGUCACAUGAUCCUAGAGCCCAGAACUUAGGCCUUCCCCAGGAGUAUCCCCUGGGCACCUACUCUCCUUCCCAAAGUAGGCUUUCCAUGCAAUGUUUGGGACAUAGUUAUACAAAAAAUUAUUCUGUGUUUAUCUGAAGUUUGAAUUUAA